GUUUUUUUUAGAAAAACAUUUUUCUUUAAACAUUGAGUAUGAACCCUUAUUACUCUUACUAUCCCAAUUCCUAAUAAAACAGUAAGUAUCUGUAAAGACUAAAUUAGAUUAUUGGCAAUAUUAUCAAUAUUGUUAAGUCCCUUAUUGGUACCAAAUGAACAAUUAGAUGAACAAUUAGAUGAACAACUAGUAGCAACAAAAUAAUUCAUAUUAAGUUGGAUGUUAAAACAUGCCAUAAAUGGAUUUAAACAAUAAUUAGUCCAAUAAUCUCUAUCCUCAUUAGAUGAAUGAAAUCUAAAAUUAUGGGGAUUUUUAAAGUUUAGAAAGAAUGAAGACUCAAAAUACUAUUGAAAAAACUGAUUUGAAAGAGGAUCUCGAAUCAAAGAAAAAAGUAAAAAAAUAAAGAGGUAUUAAAAUUCACGAAAUAUUUAGGUCACUGGUCUAAUGAGGAACAUUAUAAAUUCUUGUAAUUUGUUAGACUGCAUAGCGAUCUCUUUAGAACAACUGUCCAUAAAAAAUUAAAUCGUGUUUUUAAAAUGAUGUCUGAAGAAAUUUAAACACGAAAUGCUUGUUAAUGUAGAUCUCAUUUUUCAAAAUUUAAUCCAUUUAUUGAAACAGUAAGAUAAUUUUAUAUAUUCUUAGAACAUCCUGAGAAGAAAAUUGUGUAAUGAUGAACAAGUUUAUGAAAAAAUGUUUGAAAAUAAAAACAAACUUGAUGUGUAAUGA